UGUGGACUUUCCUACCAGUCUGUUCUCGUUUUAUAAGCUCUGAGUAGACAAAACCCCCUCAAGGAGAUGGACCACUUUGUUAUCUGGUUGACACUGUUGUGGACAAUGGCGUUGUUAUCUGCUGGCAUCCCAUUAUCGAGAGAAAUAAGGAUUGUGCUGCUGGGUAAAACUGGAGCUGGAAAGAGCACAACAGGAAACACCAUCCUGAGGAGACCUGCUUUCGAAAAAAGUUCAGGUCUUCAAUCUGUUACUUCAACUUCUCGUAAGGAGAGUGGAGAUGUGGAUGGGAGACGGGUCACAGUGGUGGACACCCCAGGACUGUUUGAUACAAAGAUUGAGAUAGAGAAGUGUGUCAAUCUGUCCCUUCCUGGCCCUCAUGCCUUUCUGCUGGUGAUCAGACUGGAUAUGAGAUUCACAGAGGAGGAAAGGAAUACAGUAAAGUGGUUCCAGGAGAACUUUAGUGAAAAGGCUGAACAUUUUACCAUAGUGCUGUUUACUCAUGUUGAUCAGCUGGAUCAAUCAGUGGAACAUACAAUAAAUCAAGAUCAGGGUAUGAAGGAGAUCAUCAAGAAAUGUGGGGGUAGAUAUCAUGCUCUUAAUUAUGUCGAAAAGAAUCAGACUUCAGUUAAAGCGCUCUUGGACAAGAUUUGCACCAUGGUGGAGGAAAAUAACAAUGAAUAUUACACAAACAAGAUGUAUCAGGAUGCUCAGGAGAGGAUGAGAGAAGAGGAGGAGAGAAAGCAAAAGGAAGAAAAGAAGAAAAGGGAGGAGGAGGAGAAAAGGAUUAGAGAGGACGAAAGACGGAAAAUGAAAGAGGAAGAGAUGAAAAAGGAAGAGGAAAAGACAUUUCGCAAAACAUUGUGUUCAUCUGCAGGAGCAAUUAUGAUGGGAGUCCUGGGCCUGUUUGGAGGACCCCCUGUUGCAGCGCUUACUGGACUUGUGGUGGGAGCAGCAGGAAGUUAUUGGGCGAAGUUCAUGAUGACAAUCUUUGCAGUCCAUUUACUGGAUACCCCAUUACCCCUUGGCUUACGGAUCUUGCUGUAUGUUUCUGUCAUCACAAUGUCAAUGCUCCUAAGCGAUGGCACACAUUUUUUAGCCAGAUUUUUUUUUUUGACAUGCAGCAAACAUCUCUUCACAAUCCGCUAACUGCCUGUUGUUGCUUUUACAGUAUUGUUCCUCAGAGUCAAAGUGUAUGUACUUUAUGCAGUCAUUUUUAUUUGUCUACAGAUUUGAUUUGUUUCAUUGAUUUCAUUGUUGAAAUGGUUGAUUACUGUAACUAAUUAUGGUGAGAAAUACUAUACAGUAAGUAUUGAAAGAAAUACUUGAAAUAUCAAAUAUUAAAGGUGCUAAAAGCAAUGUCACACAUUUGUAGGCAAACAAUGUUGUCAUAUGCAGCAAACAUCUCCUCACAAUCCGCUAACUGCCUGUUCCUUGAACACCCUGUAAAAAAUGUGGUCUCUGUAAGCAGCCCAGGCUCCACAAACGACACCAAAAACAAACUGAUGCAACCUGCACCACAAAACAUAACAGUGUUCCAGCCAACAUAAAUUGGCAGCCUAGCAGGGAAAAAGCAAAAAUGGAAUCACCACUCUUCAGCUUCAGCUGUUUAUUAAUUUGUUUUUUGUUUUUAUUAGAAAAAGGGCAAAUUACAGAUGUGCCUCAACACUAUUUGUCUAACAGAUCAGCAUUGUGCCUUUGUGAUACAUAGCUAAAUAAAUAACAAAUGUAUAGUAAUUCUAGCCAGUUGAUUUGUCAGAUAAAAAAAAAAUAUGGAACCAUUCAAUGGUGAGGAAAAAAAUAUGGAAUCACAAACCUAAAAAUCUUAAUUAGUACUUUGUUAUGACCAUUUUAAUUUUCUGAGGCAUGCACUUCAUUAAUGUUGAACAAUAUUCAUCAAUCAGCUUUCAGCUUUGUGGAGUAGCAGUUGACACAUCAGCUUUAUUUUACAAUGAAAAAUGUACAUGAGACAAUAAUUUCCAAAUAAACCCACACAUUCCCUCCUAAUAAUAAUGUUCCAAACCUGCAACAAUCAACAUACAAGGCACACAUUUGGUAAAGCCUUUCUGAAGAGCCAAUCAGCAGAUUGUGGACCAGCUUAGCAGACAAUCAGAAGAGUACCAAACCAUUUACUGUAGAUAUAUUUAGGUAUCUUGCUCUAGUGUCAGAGCCAGAGCAGAGGGCUUGGUCUCCUACUGACCCCAAGGACCAUCUAUAAUCAGACCUCUUAGCAGUUCUGUUUCUACAGCAUUGCCUUCAGGAUAUAAACAUUAUAAGGGGGAGAAACAAAAGUUCAUAACCUGAUGGUGAAUCUGCCCAUGGGUACAGUUUGCCUAGGGAUCACUCAGCAUGUCAAACUGUAUGUUGUUGAGAAUAUGAUGUUGACAUUUUUGUAUGACAUUUCUUUUUUUUUUUUUUUGGGUUAUGGACAUUUGGUACAGUAUGCAUCACUGACAGAUGCCCUAUUGCAUUAAAGAUGGACUGCAGGA